AUGAGCGCCCAGGCAUACUACGAGCUCUAUCGCGGGAGCAGCCUCGGACUCUCCCUGACCGAUACCCUCGAUGACCUGAUCAACGAAGGACGGAUCGAGCCUCAGCUCGCCAUGAAGAUCCUCUCAACUUUCGAUCGCGUGAUCACAGAAGUGCUGGCGGACAAAGUGCGCGCUCGUCUGACCUUCAAGGGACACCUCGAUACCUACCGAUUCUGCGAUGAAGUGUGGACAUUCCUGAUCAAGGAUGUUACGUUCAAACUUGAUAACCAGACUACGGUCUCCGCGGAUAAGGUGAAGAUUGUGAGCUGCAAUAGCAAGAGGCCUGGCGAAGCGUAAGGGUGAUGCGAUAUUUACUUUGCGUCAUCGGUUGAUGCUCUCGUCACCUCACUUGCUUACUUCGCUUUUCUUCUCCUUCAGCCACUUUUCUUGAUAGGCGUUGUUCGUUCACUUUUUCGCUUCUCAUGUGGAUUACUCUUUCUGCCAGGGCCAUGGCAAGUUGCUCGAUAUGGGGCUUUAUCAUAUUUUCGGCGUUUCGCGUUAGCAUACGAGGCUGUAUUAUGGAUUUGCUAUGGUGAUACUAGAAUAGAUUGAAAUCAGAUACCCGCUACACCAUAUG